CCACAUCCAUUUCCAUAUAUACUGCAUAACCUUCAACCUUCCUUCUCCAACUCAUCAACCACUUCAACACCAUCACUCCCUCUGAAGCUCCCCCAGAAGCAAUGUCAUCUCGCAUUGUUGCGGACAAUUCAUUAGCGAUCAAUAAUGUCACCACUCCCUACUUCGACUUAAUGGAAAUGGACGACCUCACGCGCCGCCCCGCCUCCGCUGAGAUGCCCACCCUUGGCCAGCUCCUCAAGCACGUCGGGGACGCCAGGAAGGAAGCCUCCGGCGACGGAAGCGAGACGCCGGUGCAUCACGCGCUAGAUAUAGUUGACGCCGCCGGAGUUGGGCCUCGCUCGCUGCCAUUCGUCCUCUCCUUCAGCAACCUCACAUACAGCGUCAAGGCGCGCCGCAAAAUGAGCCUCUCCUCUGUCUUUCCAUGCCGUGGAAGCCGCCUCGGCGCGUCCGCGGUAUCCGAGGCUCCUGCCGUCGGCGAGAGCAUGUUCAGGCGGACCAAGACGCUCCUUAACGAUAUCUCCGGCGAGGCGCGCGACGGCGAGAUCAUGGCGGUACUCGGCGCCAGCGGUUCUGGAAAGUCAACACUGAUCGACGCGCUGGCGAACCGAAUCGCCAAGGGAAGUCUAAAAGGCACGGUGGCGCUGAACGGCGAAACGCUGGAAUCGCGUCUGCUGAAGGUGAUCUCUGCGUACGUGAUGCAAGACGACCUGCUCUUCCCGAUGCUCACCGUGGAAGAGACUUUGAUGUUCGCAGCGGAAUUCAGACUUCCUCGCACGCUCUCCAAGUCGAAGAAAAACGCCCGCGUCCAGGCUCUCAUCGAGCAGCUAGGUCUUCGGAACGCCGCGAAAACAGUUAUCGGCGACGAAGGUCACCGCGGAGUAUCAGGCGGAGAGCGUCGGAGAGUUUCCAUCGGCAUCGACAUUAUCCACGACCCUAUCCUGCUGUUCCUGGACGAGCCAACCUCGGGACUUGACUCCACCAGCGCGUUCUUGGUGGUGAAGGUUUUGCAGAGAAUCGCACAGAGCGGAAGCAUCGUGAUCAUGUCCAUUCACCAACCGAGUUACCGAAUCCUAGGACCUUCAACCUUCCUUCUCCAACUCAUCAACCACUUCAACACCAUCACUCCCUCUGAAGCUCCCCCAGAAGCAAUGUCAUCUCGCAUUGUUGCGGACAAUUCAUUAGCGAUCAAUAAUGUCACCACUCCCUACUUCGACUUAAUGGAAAUGGACGACCUCACGCGCCGCCCCGCCUCCGCUGAGAUGCCCACCCUUGGCCAGCUCCUCAAGCACGUCGGGGACGCCAGGAAGGAAGCCUCCGGCGACGGAAGCGAGACGCCGGUGCAUCACGCGCUAGAUAUAGUUGACGCCGCCGGAGUUGGGCCUCGCUCGCUGCCAUUCGUCCUCUCCUUCAGCAACCUCACAUACAGCGUCAAGGCGCGCCGCAAAAUGAGCCUCUCCUCUGUCUUUCCAUGCCGUGGAAGCCGCCUCGGCGCGUCCGCGGUAUCCGAGGCUCCUGCCGUCGGCGAGAGCAUGUUCAGGCGGACCAAGACGCUCCUUAACGAUAUCUCCGGCGAGGCGCGCGACGGCGAGAUCAUGGCGGUACUCGGCGCCAGCGGUUCUGGAAAGUCAACACUGAUCGACGCGCUGGCGAACCGAAUCGCCAAGGGAAGUCUAAAAGGCACGGUGGCGCUGAACGGCGAAACGCUGGAAUCGCGUCUACUGAAGGUGAUCUCUGCGUACGUGAUGCAAGACGACCUGCUCUUCCCGAUGCUCACCGUGGAAGAGACUUUGAUGUUCGCAGCGGAAUUCAGACUUCCUCGCACGCUCUCCAAGUCGAAGAAAAACGCCCGCGUCCAGGCUCUCAUCGAGCAGCUAGGACUUCGGAACGCCGCGAAAACAGUUAUCGGCGACGAAGGUCACCGCGGAGUAUCAGGCGGAGAGCGUCGAAGAGUUUCCAUCGGCAUCGACAUUAUCCACGACCCUAUCCUUCUGUUCCUGGACGAGCCAACCUCGGGACUUGACUCCACCAGCGCGUUCUUGGUGGUGAAGGUUUUGCAGAGAAUCGCACAGAGCGGAAGCAUCGUGAUCAUGUCCAUUCACCAACCGAGUUACCGAAUCCUAGGGCUUCUAGACCGCAUGAUCUUCUUAUCACGGGGCCAAACCGUUUACAGCGGUUCACCGUCGCAGUUACCGGUUUUCUUCUCCGAGUUCGGUCAUCCGAUUCCGGAAACCGACAACAGAACGGAAUUCGCGUUGGACCUGAUUCGCGAACUGGAAGGCUCCCCCGGCGGAACGAAGAGCUUGGUCGAGUUCAACAAAUCGUGGCAGAGCAUGACGAAGCACCAUCAAACGACAACAGAGGCGGAACGGAACGGGUUGUCGUUGAAGGAAGCAAUAAGCGCGAGCAUUUCGCGAGGGAAACUGGUUUCUGGAGCCACGAACACGAACCCGAACCCGUCGUCGAUGGUGCCAACUUUUGCGAAUCCGUUUUGGAUUGAGAUGGCGACGCUGUCGAAGCGGUCGUUCUUGAACUCGAGAAGAAUGCCGGAGUUGUUUGGGAUAAGAUUGGGUGCGGUGAUGGUGACGGGGUUCAUUCUUGCGACCAUGUUUUGGCAACUGGAUAACUCUCCAAAAGGAGUGCAAGAGAGGCUGGGAUUCUUCGCCUUUGCCAUGUCAACAACUUUCUACACCACUGCCGACGCGCUUCCCGUCUUCCUCCAAGAACGCUACAUUUUCAUGAGGGAAACUGCUUACAACGCUUACAGAAGAAUCUCCUAUUUGGUCUCGCAUGCGCUGGUUGCGUUGCCGGCACUAGCGUUUCUCUCGUUGGCUUUCGCGGCAACCACGUUCUGGGCCGUGGGCCUGGACGGUGGAGUUUCGGGCUUUUUGUUUUAUUUCCUGAUUAUAUUUGCGUCGUUUUGGGCUGGGAAUUCGUUCGUGACGUUCCUUUCCGGUGUGGUGCCUCACGUGAUGCUGGGUUACACCAUCGUGGUUGCCAUUCUCGCGUAUUUCUUGCUGUUCAGUGGAUUCUUCAUCAACAGGGAUAGGAUUCCCAGUUACUGGAUUUGGUUCCACUACCUGUCACUGGUGAAGUACCCUUAUGAAGCUGUUUUGCAGAACGAGUUCGAUGACCCAGUGAAGUGCUUCGUGAGGGGGGUACAGAUUUUCGAUAACACGCCUCUUGGGUCGGUGCCCCAGGCUCUGAAGGUUAAGCUUUUGGACGCCAUGAGCAACACUCUCGGAAUGAACAUCACCACCUCCACCUGUUUGACCACCGGUUCCGACAUUUUGCGGCAGAACGGGGUCACCGAUUUGACCAAGUGGAACUGCUUGUGGGUCACCGUCGCCUGGGGAUUCUUCUUUAGAUUCUUGUUCUACUUCUCCCUCUUGCUGGGUAGCAAGAACAAGAGGAACUGAUCAUCAUCAUCAUCCCUGAGUUUCAGUUUCUGCAUUUUUUUGUUUUUUUGUAAUUUCUCUAUUCUAUUUCUUCUGUUCUUGGCAAUCGACAAUCUGAUAAAAACUUGUAAUCUCCACUUUCAUAAAUUACUUAAUUAUUUUCAUAAACUAGUGCAGUGUUUAUCUGUUUCGAU